GGUUUUUUAUUUUUAUUCCCUUUGCAAAUUUUCGCGAGUUCGGUGUAUUCGAUUUUGUUCUGCCUGGGUUCUGCCGUGCUGUGCAUUUUGUUUCGAUUCUAUUUUAAUUUUUCACCCAAAAAAGACUAAAAUUCCUUCCUGUGUUCGGUAAAAAUAUUAAUAUUAAUUUAUUUAUAUUGAUAUUGUGCCACAAAAUACACUUGUGCUUUGCAUAUUUACGCGGCAAUAACAGUGAUAACGGUAACACGGAAAAUAAUAUAGAAAAUACCCAUAAGAAAAAUAAUGAUCCAAAUCGAUGCGUGCAGCAAGGUUAUGUUUGAUUACAAUUAUAAUAAAAUUUGCAAUCAUAAUUAUCUGUAUGCGGUUUCGCACAAUUGAAUGUGGCUGACGAAAUAACACAUCAAUAACAAAAUCCAUAAAUAGCUUUUUUUGACAUAGACAAAAAAUUAAUAGAAAUCUAUUUUUUGAAUAAAAUGCUUGUGUCGCUGAUGCUGCUUAUGCGGCAAUCCAAUAUUAAUAUUUUCUAGCUAAUACAUACGUAAAAUUGAAAAAAAGUAGAAAAUAUAGUUAAAAAAAACUGUACUGUUUUCCCAGACAACCUAUAGAACAAAUAAAACAAAAUUUACUGUAUCGAAUUCCAAAUCAAAUUCGAUUAAAAAAAGCCAAAGAGCAAUAUAAUCAAGUAGAGCAAAAAAAGAAAUAGUUUUAACUUAACAUGACAUCGGAGGGGUCAACAAGUAGCAGUAGUUUUAGCGCUGGAGGCGGCAGUGACAGCCGUGUCGUUGGCGGAAAGAAAAAGAAGAAACGCUCCGGACUGCCCGAUUCGGUGUCCCAGUGCUAUUACAAACACGGGCUCUUCCUGUCUAGCUAUCCAACAUGUGCCUCAAGUAUAGCAAUCGUUGCCAUAUUAUUUUCCUGCUAUCCCCUUAUAAACAUCCCACUACCUGGAACCAUACCAACAAAAAUCGUCCUGCCAUUCGAGGGUAAAUAUAGUAAUCUCUUUGGUGAAGGCGAUAAAAAUUACUCACUUGUGAAUAACAUAUUCAAUGUUAACAACAUAUCAUAUGACCCACCUUUUCCCUGGGCGCAAAGUAGCCCCAUGCUUUAUGUGCAACAAAUAACCCUUCGAACUAGCGUGUUUCCAUGGACAGACGAUAUGCAAUUAAUGGAUGCUUUUCGAGCGCCGCUAUACGAAGUAUUUAAACUUCUUGAAGUUGUACGCAAUCAUGAGUCAGAAGAGAGCAAAAAAACCCUCGACCAUAUUUGCCUUCAUGUUGAGAAUGUGAAGCGGCGUGCACAAAGCGAACAAUUAUUUCCCGAAUAUAAUUGUCUGGUGUUGUCGCCGGCAAAUUUGUGGGGACAAAACAUACACAACUUUACUAAGGAUACUAAUAUAUUGAAUACUGUCUUUCAAUAUCAUAAUCUUCAAAAAUCCAAAGUGUCAACAGCUGAAAUGCUUUUUGGACUACCUAUGCAAGAUACCGGUUUCAAAAGAUAUCCUCUUCGCUCUAGAUCAAGAGUCAUACAAUAUGCCAUAACACUUAUUCUCAAAAAAAACGACAAAGAGUUCCUAAAAUCACUUAAGCAAAAACUCACUACCAUGUAUGCCAUGCACCAAAAUACCGCCAACACGGAAGACAAAUCAUUAAUCAUGUACAUCUUCUAUCCGGGAGAUUUUAAAAUAUUCGAAUUCGUACCACUGUGCACGGCGUUCGUUCUCCUUUUCACUUACAUAUACUUUUCCGUCCGAAAAAUCGAUAUGAUACGAUCAAGAUUAAUUCUGGCUUUGUGUUCUGUUGUAACUGUUCUUGGAAGUCUCAUGAUGUCAUUGGGAUUGUGUUUCUUUUUCGGACUAACCAUAAGCUUACAGUCAAAAGAUAUUUUUCCAUAUCUUGUCAUACUGAUUGGGUUGGAGAAUUGUCUAGUUAUUACAAAAAGUGUUGUCUCCACCGAUGAGACAUUCGAUGUGAAAAUAAGAGUGGCUCAAGCUCUAAGCAAAGAAGGCUGGCAUAUUUCAAAAACUCUACUCACGGAAAUCACCAUAUUAACUAUUGGCCUGGCUACUUUUGUUCCGGUUAUUCAGGAAUUUUGUAUAUUUGCAAUUGUUGGUCUUCUAUCAGAUUUUCUGCUGCAGAUGCUUUUGUUUUCAACAAUUCUUGCAAUGAACAUAAAACGUAUUGAGUAUACAAUGGAAGCCAAGCAUUUGCCGAAGAUGAUGCUAAGCUAUUCAGUUGAUAGCAAACGUAAUGAAUUUCGAUUUUUCUCAAAUACAUCUAGUCAACCUGGCAAUGUGUUCCAUCGUUCCUUAUCGCAUCCGAAGCUGUCGUUUAAUGAAAGUGAUUUGCCAAAGCGUCCUACAAUCGUCUCGAAUGAACAAAAAAUACCAAAACGUCUGAAAUUGGUUAAUUUUUGGGCUAGAACCCGCUUCUUUCAACGUGCCUUUAUGGUUUGGAUGAGUGUUUGGAUAGGAUCGAUUGUAUACAAUUCUGGAUUCUUGGAGAAUUUCUUCGUUAUGGAUACCAAUAGGACAAGUUUUAAUCAUGAAGAUUUUAGUCGAGCAAUGGACGCUGUAAAGAGUUCGAGUUUCUUCUCGAAUCUUCCUCUACCAAGAAGCAGUAGUCAUGUCAAUGAAGAAAAGAACACUGAAACGUACUUUGACGGUAUAAUAAAUGUUACAGAACAAAUGAGAAAGUUGCAGUACCCAGACUUUGAGUUAAACUACUUCUUGUCGAAUUUUCAUUGGUCCACCAUAAUGAAACAGUACAAUGUUUCAUUGAGUGGACGCUAUGUUACCAUAUUGCCAACAAUAAAACUCUCACAUGCCAUUAAGCCCGAUGCAGCUAAACUCGUUCGAAAUCCACAAGAGAAAGUUAUCCAGAAUUUUCAAUGGAAAGCAUUGGCAGCAGCUCUGGAUCCAUUGGAUUUUAGCGAUGACGAAAACAGGGAAUCUCCAUUGAUAACACCUGGUGGAACACCAUUUUUUCCAAAAAGUCCAAUGGAAAUUUUUUUUGCCAUAUUGCUAUGUGCAGUAAGUGUUUUUGUUCUUUGCUAUACAAUGGUUGUGUUUUAUCGUUGUAUUUGCACUCGGAACUAUGCCGAAUGGCGUUCGAGUUGGAACGAAUCAGAAGUUUCUCAUAAGACAGAACAAAUUCUAGAAGCCGUACCGACCCAGAUUGCUGGUCACACACAUAAGAUUGAGUGCCUUGCUUCAGAUGGAGUAAAUAUUGUAAGUUGCUGUUUGAAAGGACAAAUCAAAGUUUGGGAUGCAAAGAGUGGCGAAAACAUGACAACCAUCAGUCGAGCUGAUAUGCAAAUUGCAAAGACUUUAGAUGACGGACAAGUGGUUAAGAAGCGAUUCAAUGCUUCCCCAGUUUGGUGUUUAGAUUAUUUAGACAAUUUGAUUGCUGUUGGAUGUGCUAAUGGACGAAUUGAACUUUGGGAAUCCCCAGCCGGUUGGUUAAAGUGCGCUUAUCAAGAAGAAUCUAAACGAAGUCAAGGCAUAACUCACAUUCAUCUAAGUGGCGACCGCGUAGUUGUGGCUAGGCUAUGCGGUCGUAUUGAUUUUUAUCGUCUCGAAACUUAUUAUAAGGGUAAACAAAUAGACUGGGGCUUUACGUCUGCCUAUCGAAGAACUCAUGUUCGCACUAGUUCAACAGGAAGUAUUGGAUUAAUGCAACGUGAACAUGAAUUACAAAAGACCACACGUGAAGAAAUGAAGUGCACUUUGGAUGGGGUACGUCUGGCACACCAACAACCCAUAACUUGUAUGGAGGUCAUAAAUGGUUUGGUCUUUACUGGAAGUCAAGAUCAUACCUUGAAAGUUUUUAGUUUAGAAAACUCCGAUGUGGAGUACACACUACAUGGUCAUUGUGGACCAAUAACGUGCCUUUUUGUAGACCGCUGGCAGCCAGGAACUGGUGGAUCUGGUUCCCAAGAUGGUCUACUAUGUGUAUGGGAUCUCUUUACGGGCACUUGUAUGUAUAACAUUCAAGCGCACGAUGGCUCAAUAAGCUGUUUGGCGUGUGCACCCAGCUAUGUAAUAUCGCUGGGCACAGACGAAAGGAUUCGUGUUUGGGAACGAUUCCAAGGGAAUCUUCUCAAUACAAUUAAUAUAUCGAAUGCUUAUUCUAAUUUAUUAAUGUUGACGCCAUCUCUCUUGGUUACUAGCAAAUUAGGUUCCCUCAUUGUUUGGGAUGUACGAACUGGUGAGCCAGCGAGAGAAGUCAAACUAGACUGUUCAAAUUCUCAAUUAUGUCCAAAAAUAAUGAUGUUAGCUUGUAAUUCUGUAAUAUGUGAUUAUGGUAAUGAAAUAAGGGUAGUUAGGUUCCCAAUAGUUGCUGAUAAAUGCAACUAAAAAAAAUUCUUUUUAAAUAAUUUUUAAGUUCUAAGAAAAAAAAAAGAAAAUGGUUUUAAUAAUUUUUUUUUAAUAAAAUUAAAACAUUAUUUAUAAUUUUUA